GGUCAGUGGGUCGGCAGUUGGUGCUGUGUGCCCGGGGAAGAUGGGGCUGGUUGCCCUCCUGCUGCUGCUGGUGCUGGCCGGCCUGGGGCUGGGGAGCGAUUACCCCUGCGGGGCGGACUGUGGGACGAGGCCCCUGGCAGCGAGCUACGGCAACACGCGGGUCGUGGGUGGCCAUGACUCCAUGCCGGGGGCCUGGCCCUGGAUCGUCAGCAUCCAGGCCCUCUCCACGACUGGCUACGUGCACUUCUGCGGCGGGUCCCUCAUCCACCCCAGCUGGGUGGUCACCGCCGCCCACUGCUUCAAGUCCAAGUCAUUGUUCGGGCGGCGCGCGGUGAUCGGCGCCACGCAGCUCUCCAGGCUGGGCCCCCAGGUCCAGGUGCGCAACUACCGGCAGGUGGUGCCGCACGAGAACUACCGGCGCCAGGGGCAGCUCAACGACAUCGCCCUGCUGGAGCUGGACGAGCCUGUCCAGUGCAGCGAGUACAUCCAGCUGGCCUGCGUGCCUGACCGCACCGUGGACCUCACCAAGCUCACCAACUGCUGGGUCAGUGGCUGGGGCUACAUGAAGGAGAAAUCCGGGAUCACGGCCGACAUCCUGCAGGAAGCCCAGGUCCACUACAUCGACUAUGUCACGUGCAACAGCAGCACCUGGUACCGGGGGAACAUCCACAGCAACAACAUAUGUGCCGGCCACAAGAAGGGCGGCAUCGACAGCUGCCAGGGCGACAGUGGUGGCCCCCUCCAGUGCCGGGAGGAAACGUCCAACCGCUUCUGGCUCAUGGGGAUCACCAGCUGGGGGAUGGGCUGUGCCAGGGCCCAGCGGCCUGGGAUCUACACCCUCGCGCGCAACUACUUCGACUGGAUCGUGGCCAACAUGAAGCCGGCGCCGCGGACAGAGACAAGCCCGGCCCCAGUCUCAGUGUCAGUCCCAGUUCAAAUGGCCAUGCCCACCUCGCAGUCGCCCUACAUGCAGCAGCUGCCGCCAAUGCCACUGCCACCGGUAAAUCAGAAGCCAAAACCAGGCACCUGUCCGUCAGGCCGGAGCACCAACGACGAUUUCUUCAAACGACUGAAUAACUUCCUGAAGGCUGUGAAGGAAGACAAGCAUUGAGAAGGGUGGAGAGCAGGGCACCGGGCUGGCUGGGGGCUGUUUCUGGGUGCUGGCCACCGCCCCAGGGGACUCUGGCACCCAGCCCUGCUCCUCUUGGUGCCCUUGCUGCUGGCAGGGGAAGAGUAAAAGAGUAUUUCUUGUGACUGGCUUUGCCUCUGUCCUCCCCUGUCCUGCCCAGAACCACAUGGGAGCCAUGAGGCACUGAGGGGACCCCACAUACACAGAGCCCACCAGGCUGGAGGGUGAGGGGCAGCAG